GCUCUGCCCUCCUCUCUUAAAAUUAGUGGUGGGGGGAAACACUUAAGUCGUUCCACCUCCUCCCGACAGCAAAAACAUUAGCCUAGUCAACUACAAACUUCAAACCCGCGCGGCGAAACUUUUCUGCUGCCCCUGCCAAGACUGAACUAUACCGGGACAUCGUAGCUAGAAUACAGACAGACAGAACAAGUCCGGUCCUCCUUCUAGAGUUGAGAGAGGUGCGAGAAUGGCGGCGAGUAGGCAUGAAUCCUCCGCACAUACAAAAUGGCACAUGUAGGAGUUUAACGGGAGUAAAUUUUACUUUUCUCCUUUGUCAAACCACACGCAUUGCGCGCAAGAGAAAAGAAAGUGGAGGAGUUGAAUCGGACGCCUCAAGGACUUUGUAUCGUCUACUCUCUCCCUUCAUCUCGAGAUGAGCUGUCAGGGGGGACUGCGAUGGUUGCUCUUAUUCGCUGUCUUGCAAGUGGGUUUACCCCGGGAGACCCGGGCGAAGUCGCGGCACUGUGACAAGCCCAAGUCGCAAGGGGACAUGAACUCCUUCCUGUGGCAGGUGCGCCACCCGUCCGCCCCGCCCCACGCCCCCUCCUCCUACCUCUUCGGCACCAUCCACGUCCCCUACGACCGGGUCUGGGACUUCAUCCCCGACAGCUCCAAGCGGGCCUUCCGCUCCAGCGCCAGCGUCUUCUUCGAGCUGGACCUGACCGACCCGCUCACCAUCUCCAAGCUGACCAGCUGCCAGCUGCUGCCCAACGGCGGCAACCUGCAGACGCUGCUGCCGCGCGACCUCUACCGCCGGCUCAAGCGUCACCUGGACUACGUCAAGCACAUGAUGCCGCGCUGGAUGACGGCCGACCAGCGUGGACGGGGCCUGUACGCCGACUACCUGUUCAACGCCAUUGCCGGCAACUGGGAGCGCAAGCGGCCCGUCUGGGUGAUGCUGAUGGUGAACUCGCUGACGGAGGCGGAUGUGAGGUCGCGCGGCACCCCCGUGCUGGACCUCUACCUGGCCCGGGAGGCCGAGCGGCAGGGCAAGCAGACGGGCGCCGUGGAGCACGUGGAGGAGCAGUGCCACCCGCUCAACGGGCUCAACUUCUCACAGGUCCUGUUUGCAUUGAACCACACGCUGCUGCAGCACGAGGGUGUCCGAGCAGGCAGUCUGCCGGGCGCCUACACCACUGAGGACCUCAUCACACACUACAACUGUGGAGACCUCAACUCCAUCAUCCUCAACCAUGACACCUCACAGCUCCCUCACUUCAUCAACAACACCAUGCCUGCCCACGAGCGAAUCACGGCGCAGCAGAUCGACAGCUACUUCCGCCAGGAGCUGAUCUACAAGCGCAACGAGCGAAUGGCGCGCCGCGUCUCCGCCCUCCUGCAGAGAAGCCCUGCCCAGAGCUUCUUCUUCGCCUUCGGGGCAGGUCACUUCCUUGGCAACCACAGCGUGCUGGAGAUCCUAAGACAGGAGGGCUACCUGGUGGAGCACAUGGCAGCCGGGCAGACGCUGACAGAGACCUGGAGGUCUCCCACUACAACAGCUCCAGCAGUACCACCAUCACUGGAGGACGCCACUCUCACCCCCAGCCAGGAGGAGGAACAAGAGGAGGACGAGGACGACGAGGAGAUGCCAGGAGGGGAGGGGGAGGAGAUGAUGGGAGGGUGGGAGCUGGAGGCUCCAGAACAGACACAGGAGGUGCAGGAGGGGACAGAGGAUGAGGAGGAGCUGAACCACCUGCUGCUGCCCGACAGCCUGAGCCAGCUGGAGGAGUUUGGCAGACAGAAGAGGCCCCGCAAGGCCCACCGCACACACGGACGCAAGAGGCUCUUCAGCGACCUGUGGGUACGCAUGGGCGACAGCACGACUCCUCCACCCAACAUCCGCAUCACCAACGGCUAUGUGACGGUGGAGCCCCCCUACACCCACCAGCAGCAGCAGAGGAGGACGCCUGCCGCCCCCCAGUCCAAGCCCUCCCUCCCCCGGGCCGAUCCCUCCAUCCGGACCCCCUCCCAGCCCAAACACAUCCAUCACCACAAUCACCACCACAGCAGCAGUGGCAGCAGCCCCACCACAGGAGCAGCAGGGGGGGUCCACCAUACUCACAGCCUUCACACAGCCCUGACACUGUGCUACAGUCUACUGGCAGGGCUGAUCUCACACCUGCUGUCCACCUCCUGACCACAAGAGGGCAGUGGUGGUUUUCUGUGAUCUACCUAUUACCCCCACACCUCACCUGGAAUAGAGAGAGAGGCAUACACAUGAGGACACUGAAUUAUGCCAGUGCACACACACACACACACAGUCGUGGGCGCUGUUUCUGUGCACGCGCGUGCACACACACACACACACACACACACACACACACACACACACACACACACACACACACGCUCGCACACACGCACACACGCACACAUGCACACACGCACACACACAUUUUUGCAGACUAUGGCUGAAGAUGGACUUUCCAACAUUUGAGACCUACCUAUUAGUCCAAUCUUCACCCUCACUUGGAACACACAGA